CAGGUGGGAGCGUGAGGUAUAGUUUGUCUAGUUAGUUAUCUGUUUGUAUGGCGAUGUAUUGUUAGUUUUAUUUCAGAAAAUUUGCAGUGAAAUGUGUUAUUGUUUAUGCUAUAUCACUUUAUAAAUAUGGAAUACUAAUUAAGUAAUAAGAGUAAGAAAUACUAAUCAACAGAACAAUGGCGUAUCGUAAUGGAUAUUCUGGGGACGACAGGGACGUAGACAGGGACAGGGAUGAUAGAAUGAAUGACGGUGUGGGGAAACCAAUUCAUAUUAUUGAGCAUUUGGCUACAUUUACUGUUACCAAAGAGACAGGUAUUAUAUAUCCUGCUGAUGGAAUGCGAAGACUGUUACAACUGGAAAAAACCAAUGGAAUAUGGUCGCAAAAAAUGCAACUUUGCCUAGACAACUCUUGGGUUUUGAUUAUGGACUAUGAGACUGGUAGUGUUAUGGAAAGGUUUCCCGCCAAUUCCAUACAAGAACCCACAGCAUUUAUGAGUCAAGAUCCUAUGGAAAUGUAUAAUAAUAUUCUAGUUUUUAUCGUCACUAAUUCCAAUCAGUCUCACCCUCCAGAAAUGCACAUAUUUCAGUGUCAAAGCAUUUCGGCACAAGAUCUUGUAGAAGACUUGAUGCAACUUCGCAUGGGUAAAGCAUUAACGAGAAGCCGCAAAAGUAGCAUUCCCCCUCCCAGUCAUAAGCCCCCACAAAACGUCAUAAAUCCUAGCAGAGAUGUGACAAGAGAUUACCAUGGUUCUGACUCUGAGCUUACUGCAAACAACGAUGAUUCUAGUUCUACAACUAGUGAAAAAUACGAAAGAGAUGUAACUAUAUUAAACCAUUGCUUCGACGAUAUUGAGAAGUUCAUUGCUAGACUUCAACAUGCAGCCGCUGCAGCAAGGGAACUGGAACGUAGAAGGAAAAACAGAAAAACCAAAAAGCGAGACAUGGGAGAUGGUAUGUUAACGAUGAGAACUAAGCCACCACCCGAAAAAGAAUUUAUCGAUAUUUUCCAAAAAUUUAAACUUUCUUUCAACCUUCUGGCCAAACUAAAAGCGCAUAUACAUGAUCCAAAUGCACCAGAACUGGUUCACUUCUUGUUUACCCCGUUGGCUCUUAUUGUUGAAGCAUCACAUGAUACUUACUUUGAUCAACAUUUGCCACAUAAUGUUAUUGCACCAUUGCUGACAAGAGAAGCUGUUAAUCUUCUAAUGAACUGCGUCACAAGUAAAGAAACGGAAUUAUGGCAUUCACUGGGCAGUGCAUGGCUUAUGCCAAGAGAUCAGUAUAAGGGCCAUGUACCAUCUUACCACCCAGUAUUCAUGGAUGGAUGGUCUCCAGAAUACCCAGUGAUUGACGAAUUGGAUUCUAACAUAGAAAAUAAAUCUUAUCAACACGACAGUCAGUACAGUGGGGACUACAAUGAUUAUCAGUCAUCGAGCCAGGACAAUAUUUUGAUGUAUGACAGAAGUAGUAAUUCACACCGUCACCAGCCAGAGAAAGACUUAUCACCUACAAUGGGCGACAGUACUCGUAGUGAUAUUUCUGUAGAUUCGAUUGAGAGAAAUGGUGGUGAUGAAAGAGGUUUUGGAAGGAAUCAAGAAAGUUUCUUAGAAGAUCUUCAGAAUAGAGGAGCUAAUAUUGUCCAAGUGACUUAUCCAAGGACUGCUAACAAUGAUAAGGAAUUAACUGUUGUUCGUGGAGAAUUUCUUGAGAUAUUAGAUGACAGUCGAAAAUGGUGGAAAGCUAGAAAUAGCAGAGGUCAGGUGGCACAUGUUCCCCAUACUAUAGUAACACCUUAUGUCUUCAAUAACCCACUGUACACUCAAAACUAUAACCGAAGAGCUGAAUCGCCUGUAUUUAACACAGCACAUAAUUCUCAAGAUCAUCCAGCGCAAUCAAAGAAUAAUACAGAUUGGAUUAGAAAUGAGAGGCUUGAACAAUCUAGUGCUCCACCCCCUCCACCUCCACCUCUUCCCCCAGCUGCACCACCAGCCCCCCCUCUUCCAGAGGCGCCGAAAACUCCAACUGUAUUCAAACGGGCUCCGUCGAGACAAUCCAUAAAAUCGGCAAUUUCUGUCGAAGACCGAAUGCAAGAAGAAUUGUCAAGUGUACUCACCCUCGUUAGAGAAAGAACCAAAGAGAGACAUUUGGAUAUUAAACAAACCCCAGAAACUUACAUUGAUAACAAGUCCACUGCAAAAGACGUACAGGAAUGGUUGAACAAGAAAGGAUUUAGUCAGAAGAUUCAAGAUAAAUUUAUAGGAAUAGCUGGCCAUCACCUAUUUGACAUUCAGAAACCUGAGUUGGAAAGAAUUUGUGGUAGAGACGAAGGCAAAAGAUUAUUUUCCCAGUUAAGCAUUCAGAAGUCUAUCAGUGGAUAUCAAACUGUGAGGACCACAGAACUGAAGGCCAUUCUUGCCAAAGCUAGACAAAAAAUAGAAACCAGCUGAGUCACCGAGGAAGCACUGUUAAUUAAUUUGCAAUAAUUGUAGCUGUGAAUAUUUACAUACUUUCAAGUUAUUGCAUAAUUUAAUUUUAAUAUUAAUAUAUUAUUACAUAUUUGUUUAAUUACAUACUCAUUAAAUAUUAUGACAUAAU